AUGUCGAACAUUCUUUACAUUUUGAUUAAAAACUUCCUUUCGUCAAAAUCAUCUUUAAACCGAUGGCUGCUAUUGAUUAUUGCUGCAAGUUUCAUAUCAUACUUUUUAGUAAUUCUACUGGAAGAAAAAGAAGAGCCUUACCAAACUCUUUCGGAGUCCACUCUGUCAAACUGUGAACAAGGUCCUACCAAGCAAGACCUUCAUCGUCACCAUACAGAUAUUGCUGAUGUGUACCGGGAACGAGGUUUUGCUGAUGAUAAGCGAGGAUCAUACCGUCGUCGGCCGGAGACCGCUCAUGUUGAUUGUGGUCGAAUUCUAGCUGGUGAUAAGCCUUAUCUUCAAUCACUCACUGGAACAAAUCGCGUUAAAAUAGUGGAAAACUGUAAUCUAAACAUGUCCUGUAAAGCAAUUAGGAGCAGGAUUCUUCCAUCAAACGAUAAUAUUCUGAGACCUUUGAAGCAUGGAAUCGCAUUUGCUAGAAUUGUGUACAAGGACUAUGAAUUUAUUGAAAAGCAGGUGCAAGUGUCUUUUCAUCCUCAGAAUGCAUUUUGUUUUGUGAUUGAUAUAAAUGCAUCAGAGGAAUUUAAGAAGCGGAUGAGAGCCCUGGCUGCGUGUAUGCCAAAUGUCAUAGUGCUCGCUGACGAGGAUCCUGUCUACUCUUCUGGUCACAAUGUCAACCUGGUUCACAACAAAUGUCUCAAAGCCCUACUCGACAUACCUGGCUGGAACUACGCUUUGCUACUUCAAAAUCACGAUCUUAUAAUGAAAUCUGUGUAUGAGAUGGAGCAAAUCUUCGAGUGGCUCGGGGGAGCGAACGAUAUUUUUGUGACUCACGAAAUUGGUCGAGUCGAUGUGAAAAAGCUGAAGUGGGAUCCAAUGUCGCUAAAAUUGUUUAUAAAUGAAACUGAAAUGGACAAGUUAUUACUGACAACUCCUAUGAAAAUUGUGAAAGGAUGGGUUCACUGUUCCUUGUCGAGAGCGUCAGUUGAGUGGAUGUUUCAGAAACUUGAUCCAUCAAUUUUUAUGCAUCAAUUGAACCAGGGUAGAUAUGGAGUUGAUGAGCAGUAUUUUCCUAUCCUUCAGGCCAAUGCAGAGUUCGGAAUGCCUGGACACUUUACCGAUGAGUGCCUGCAGCAAGGAAAAACUACAGAGUUCAUAACAAGAAUUGCCUUAUGGGUGCCCGAAAGCAAGUGUGACACGAAUAUGACUCGUCAUGCAGUCUGCAUCAUUGGUCUAGAGCACUUCCAAGCCGUUGCGUCGUUUACACAUUUGAUGUUCAAUAAAGUGAUUCCAUCAUUUGAUAAUUCAAUCGUAGAGUGUACCGCCGAGCUCCUGCACAAUCGAACAUUCUUGGGGCAAGUUGACCAUCCGUUGAAAGAAGAUUAUUACAAAAACAUGGUCAAUGUUCUUUACCACAAACACCACUUGGAACCGGGUUACAAGCUGAACUGCACACCACGUUACAGCGAGCUGUGGAAGGAAUAA